AUGUCUGAUCAAGAUAUUCACCCAAAUAAAUACAUUGAAUUGCGAAGUAUCUACAAAAACUACAUCGAUUCAUAUAUUGCAUUGUAUCAGCUAAAAACUGAAAAAGAAGAAGAAUUAAACUCAAUUUACAAAAUGAUCAAAACAGAAUUGAUUGAUUCAAAGAAAAAUCUUCCCCAAAAUAUAAUAAAAGACAUUUUACAUAUAAUACCGUAUAAUAAUCGUUAUACAAAGUCAUAUUUAUCUCUUGCCAAACUGAUUUCUGAUGAAUAUCAUGUCAAAGAGGUCAGUAAUGUUAUAUCUAUUUCAAAAAUCCUGUUUUAUAAAGAGUAUGGAAUUAAAUUAGACAAAUCCGAUGAUUUCGAAAAAAAUAGAUUAAUCAAUCUCGAUAUUCAUACGGAGAAUACAAUUUGCAGAGCAAUUGUGUAUAAUGACAAAGAAAGAUUCAUAUUAAUCAUGGAAAGCGAAGGAUUUGAUAAAGAUCAGAGACUUAAUAGCGAUUUAUAUCCAUUUUCUAUGCAAGGAUAUUCAUUACUUGAAUUAUGUUGUUACCAUGGAGCAGUUGAUUGUUUCAAGCUAUUAAGAACUAAAUUUAACUUAGAAAUAACCGGUCCAUGUCUAGAACUCUCAUUUUUAGGAGGAAAUCCAGAGAUCAUGAGUGAAUGUUUGAAAUAUCAGAAACCAACUGAAAAAUGUAUGGAAUAUGCAAUUAUUUCACACAACAUUGAUUUUAUCACAUUUUUAAUGAAUGAGUACAAUAUAAAGAUCAAUUUAGAAUAUUGUCAAUUGUAUAAAAAUCUUGAAUCAUUUUUAGUUUAUUACGAUCAAACCAAUGAUGCCAACUAUUGCAUUGUUAAUUUAAUAGAUUACAAUAUUCCAUCUCUUUGCGAUUUUCAAUGCAAAAGAUGA